AUGUCGCAAGCCAGUACUGAAACUCCUGGCUUGCUUGCCCAAGCUCGAAUCAUCGCUGGCGACUUCGAAUUCAGCCCAGAAGAUGUUGUCAAGGUUGCAGAGCACUUCGUUCAAGUGAUGAAGGUGUCCUUGACGAACGAUGGACCCAGCCAAUUACCGUCAUUUGUAACGAAACUGCCGCGAGGCGACGAGAAAGGCGUGUAUUUUGCAGUAGAUCUCGGGGGGACAAACUGCAGGGUUUGCUCCGUAACCCUGCAUGGCGAUUCGACCUGCACCCUGUUGCAGUCUAAACACGCAGUGCCCUCUUCGCUGAGGAUCAAUGCGAAUUACGAACCUCUAUUCGAUUUCAUUGCCGAGAGGAUUCAAGAAUUUCGGGGGGCGCAUCCGGAGACGAGACAACAAGAUCCAAAUGAAUUGGAACAUGUGCUGCCAGCAGUCAACGAGAAGAGGAGGCAGCACUUUCAAAAGCUGGGCUUUACUUUCAGUUUCACUUGCGAACAGCACUCGUUAACGCGUGGCACUCUCCUCCACUGGGACAAAGGAUGGAACAUUCCUUCGGCGCUGGGGAAGGACCCGUGUGCCAUGCUACAAGAAGCAAUCGACCGCAUAGAUAUGCCCAUUGUCGUAUCAGCUUUGGCCAAUGACAGCGUAGGCACGCUGAUGACGAGGUCGUACUCCUCGCAGGAGAAAUCGCGGCCGCUCCUGGGAGCAAUUUUCGGAACUGGCACCAACGCUGCCUAUAUCGAAAGGCUGUCAAAUUGUACCAAACUGCACAACCAAGCUGAAUUUCAGGACUUCGGGUCGGACGACAGGAUGCUCAUUAACACUGAGUGGGGAUGCUUUGAUAAUAGUCUGGAGGUUCUCCCUAGUACCAAGUACGAUCAUCUCCUUGACAAGAUGUCGGACCAACCUGGAGACCAAAUGCUUGAGAAACGGGUUUCCGGACUGUAUCUUGGGGAGUUAUUAAGGCUGGCUGUAUUAGACUUGGUCCAGGGAGGGUUGUUCGAUAUGACUGUUGACUCAUCUUCUCCCUUAUUUCAGCCAGGAACGUUGGACAGUUCCGUGCUGACGGCCUUGGCUGAAGAUGAUUCCGAACACUUCAACAGGUCACAAUCUUUCCUGGGCAAACUUUUGGCAGCUGGAGGUGUAUCAGAAGCCGAUGCACACGCCAUUCGCUUAGUAUCGGUUGCAAUUGCGCAUCGAGCCGCGCGACUGGCUGGCGCAUCUAUCGCUGCUAUCAUCAUCCAGACCCAGGUGCUACAGCCACGAAGCCCGGUGUCAACACCCAUGAAAGCAAGUAUUGGGGAAGAAAUUCAUCCAUACUCCAGCACAUCCAAAUCUGCAACGCAAGACUUCUUACAGCUCUUCCGGCGUUUUAUAUGCAAGCCUCUCAAGCUCCUCAGCUUACGCGGACUACUGGGGAAAUCGAGGACACCGCCAAGUCUGUCAUCAGAUCAUCGGGUGGUACAGAACGGUAAUUUAGGAGAAGAUGUGAUAGACAUUGGAGUAGAUGGUUCACUCAUCGAGUUUUAUCCUACUUUCCAACAGGAUAUUCGCGAAGCGCUGCGCGAGGUUCCAGAUAUUGGCGUCGAAGGUGAACAGAAGGUUCGAAUCGGGCUCGUGGAGCAUGCAUCAGCGGUUGGAGCAGCAUUAAUGGCACAAGCGGCGCAAGUAUAG